CACCGUCACUGCCUCUUCAAGCUCCUCUCAGACGCAGCUGGUCCGCUCUCAGGUGAACACAGGACGUCCAAACCAUCUCACCGCCCAUUCAGUUCACUGCGGAGGGCUGCAGAGUCCGAUUACACCCCGUUCACCAAACCUGUACUGAGGAGCUUCUUUCCCAGUUCCCUUCUCCUCCCUCUGACUCUCUCCGUUCUCUCCCUCUCUCCGUUCUCUCCCUCUCUCUCUGUGCGCAUGCUGCUGCGGGCCUUUUUGAAUCAGAGUGUGUCGUACACACUCGCCGGGCUUUACACCCUCUUAUGGAUUCUUCCCUGUGUUCGGAGUAAGACUCCAGAUGUUGACGUCAUGUGCAUCUACUCUGAAGACUGCAUCUUGCCUUGUUCCUUCACUCCAACUGACGAUGCGGUUGUUAUUCAAUGGUACCAACAGGAGAAGCUGAUCUACAGCUUCCGGCAGGAUGAAGAGGAACCUGACGACAGCAGCAUGUCGCUGUUCACCGACGAGGUGUCCAAAGGAAACGCUUCCCUGCUUCUGAAGGACAGCAGUGUUCAGAGCAGAGGACGGUACAAAUGUGUGAUCAAUGCCACCAACGCUGUCAAGGAGUCCUUUGUCAUCCUGAAGGUUGAAGCUCCCAUCAGCAGGAUCUCCAUAGAGGCCAGCGCCACCGGGCAGCUUCAGUGCUCAUCACAUGGUUUGUAUCCAUCUCCUCUGUUGACGUGGUCCACAGAUCCAAGCACCGGUAACCUGCAGUCUCGCACACGAAUGAGUGCGGAUUCAAACGGCCUGUACAGUGUGGAGAGCACGCUGCAGAAAGUGAACAAGAGCUCCCCGAUCACCUACAUCUGCACCGUCACAUCCAAAUACAGCUCACAGUCAUGGAAGGCCUCACUGCUUCAGACAGAAAUGGUGGGAAAGAACGGCCAAGAACUGGUCAUUCCAUGCAUGGCUCCGAAAAAUCUGAAAAACUUCACUCUCACUUGGACUUUCACGAAAAAGAACAAAAACAAGGAUAUCCUUACCUACCACAGUCAAACCCACAAGGUCAUGAAUCAGUGGGAGGAAGAGGCAGAGCUGGACCUGGACAAGGCUCAAAGUGGGGAUGGAUCCCUUUAUCUAGAUGAUAAUGAGGUCUCAAGGCAUGCUGGGAAAUACACCUGUACAUUCUCAGGCCCCCGGGUCACAUACAUAGUCCAAACGUCCGUCACCGUCAGUGCUUCCAGUGCAGCUGCACAGAAAGAACAAAGUAAUUCUAAGCUGUGGGUGCUGGCAGUGGUGGUGGCUGCACUGGCUGUCCUUGGUGUCCUUUACUACUUGUACAGAAAAUACGGAGGAAACCCUAAAGCAUCAGAGGAAGACACAGAGAUGCAGGCAGUGAAAGGCAAAACGGAGGAGUUACCAGCAGAAAUCAGACCGCUGAAUGGCAAAGGAGACUCUUAGCUAAGGAAAGAAAGAGGGUUUAGGAAAAGGGGGCAUGAAGUUUUAGAAAAACUAGAGAAAUUCUUCUAAAUUUUUUUAUUUUUUUGCAUUUGUAACCUGUGUUGGAGGCUUAACUGUGGCUCUAAUUCACUCCUGACUGAGUGUAACCGUGUGCGUUUGGUUAUGUUAAAGACUCGCCUGCUGCUUCACACCUCACAGCCUCGGGCAGGUCAAUACUAGUGUACGUGACCACACAAGUGAAGUGCACGCUUUUUGUGCAGUGCUUUGGCAGCUGGGCUCAUGUCCCAAAGCAGUGCUAUACAGGUCUUAAUCUCUAAUGAGUGGUGGAGCUGAGACUGAGAGUGGCAGCGAGCAGUGUUUAAGAACAAGACGAAGCGUGAAAGUUCCUACGCAUGUAUGAGCUUCUCUGCUGAGCUCCAGCUUUUUCAGUAAGCGCACAAAUACAAGUCGACUUUACUGGCUCCCAAACGGAUCCUCGUUCAGUUACGAUCAAAACGUGUUACUGAAGAUGGACAGAGGGACAAAACACAGGAAAAUCCAUCAGCCAUCGACAAGCAAAGGCAGAUAAAAGUCAAAAAUUAGAAAAACGAACAAGCCGCACCUGCAAACACAGCUGAGAAUUACACGGAAACCGCAAGAACAAAACCAGAGGCAAACUCCGACGGGAUGUUCCCAAGCCGGAAUGUUCCCAAGAUCCAGGGGGAGUUUGUGAUUCACAUCUACAGCCUCAUAAGAUCCACACUUGUUUUGUCUUUAUUUACAAAGUACAAGUCGCUUUGAGUCGGCUCCCAAUGUUCAUCCGACUCGUUUGCAAAUGACACACAUCUUCAUCACAUAAACCAAACCAUCAGGGGCAGUCGUGGGCUGGAGGUCAGGGAUCUGGCCCUGUGACCGGAAGGUUGCCGGUUCGAUCCCCAGAGCCG